GGAAAUCAGGUGCCCUAUGGCUACCCUCAGCAUGCACCUGGGACUUACCAAGGCGCGGGGAGCUAUGGCUUCCAGGCGCAGGCCAUGGGAGUCCCAGCUGGACUUGCUGUUCCACCCAUCCAGAACCAACCCAUCAUGAAGGAGGGGACAAUCUGGAUGCCCAUCCCUCCUCCUCUUCCCAACUGCCCUCCUGGACUGGAAUACCUCACUCAGAUUGACCAGAUAUUAAUUCAUCAGCAAAUUGAACUUCUUGAGAUUUUGACUGGCUUUGAAACAAACAACAAAUAUGAAAUCAAGAAUACGCUGGGGCAAAGGGUGUACUUUGCAGCAGAGGACACUGACUGCUGUACCAGGAAUUGCUGUGGGCCAUCACGACCCUUCACCCUCCGGAUUAUCGACAACCUGGGCCACGAGGUGAUAACGCUGCAGAGACCCCUCCGGUGUUCUUCGUGCUGCUUUCCCUGCUGCUUACAGGAGCUGGAAGUUCAGGCGCCUCCAGGAACACCAGUUGGUUACGUUGUCCAGAACUGGCAUGCCUGCCUGCCAAAGUUCACCAUUCAAGACGAGAAAAGAAUGGAUAUACUGAAAAUUAUUGGCCCAUGUGUUGUCUGCAGCUGUUGUGAGGACAUUCAUUUUGAGGUGAAGUCUGUGGAUGAGACUUCUACUGUUGGGAGGAUUUCUAAGCAGUGGACUGGGUUUUUGAAAGAAGCCUUUACAGAUGCAGAUAACUUUGGAAUCACAUUCCCAAUGGACCUUGACGUAAAAAUGAAAGCUGUCAUGAUCGGUGCUUGCUUCCUUAUCGACUUCAUGUUUUUUGAGCAUGCUGGUGAUAACCAACAGCGAACUGGUGUUUGGCAAUGAAAUCUGGAACUUUCAUAUAGAAGGAAGAACAACAUAAAUCUCCCAACUUUCCAGUGGAUUGCAGAGCUCUAGUAAGAAUGUGAGGAAUGUACAUCGUGUGCUUGUAGUUAUAUUUCUAUAAAC